GAGCUCGCAUUCCUUUGUGCGCUGGCCGUUGCGCUCCAUUUGGAAUCCCAUCCAUCCCAGCUCCCCACAUUGACCGCCUCCGUACCAGCGACAGCCUUUCCCGCAACUCAAUCAUCCGCUGCCAACGCAAUUCUCCUCCGCAGGCCCCAUCGCUUUGAUCCAUCCUUGCCACUUUGCAGCUCGCGUCGAUUCCCCCUUUCUCCUCCCCGAUCGCCCGCCGCCAUCAUGCCCGCCGCGACGCCGCCGAGCCGCCAUUGCUCCCGCCGCUCUAGACUUGCGGACCUGAUGGCCAUCUGCCGUUAGGACUGGAAGCUUCUUUAGCUUAGUGAUCCGCUGCUUCAGUUCCAGUACGUGCCAGGACCCAGGAACUAGUGGGGAAGGCAACGGGCGUGAUGGCGGCUGAUCACGCGCUGCCAUUGGCGCCGGCGUCGUCGGCGUCCGUUUCCGUGCACCGCGCCGCUGGCUACUGCGUCGGCUUUUCUUGCGCCCUCGCCGCUCUAGGAGCGCAGGGGCGAGUCGCCGGCGGGUGCGAUCUUGGCGCCAGGGAGCUCGCGCUGCGGGAGAUGGUCGCCGCGCUGGAGCGCCAGGCCGAGGAGCUCCGGCAGCGGCGGGCGGAGGACGCCAAGGCCAACGAGAAGGUGGCGGGCAUCUUCGCGUCCCACGAGCAGCGGUGGCUCGCCGAGCGCAAGUCCCUGCGGCGGCAGGUGCACGCCGUCGUCGCUGCGGCGCGCGGGCGCGAGGCCAAGCGCGAGGAGGAGGCCGCGGAGCUCCGGCGGCAGCUGGAGGAGCAGCGGGACGCGGCGGCGCUCAAGGACGCGGCCCUGGAGCAGGAGAUUCAGCGGCGGGGAGGCGCGGAGGACCGACUGCGCGCGGCGGAGGAGCUGCGGGAGCGCGCCGGGAAGGAGGCGGCGGAGCACGCGGCCGAGCUGCGGAAGCACAAGGCGGCUUUCGUGGAGCUCGCGUCCGCGCAGCGGCAGCUGGAGGCGGACCUGGCCCGCGCGGCGCGCCUCGCGGACACGGCGGAGGCCGAGCUCCGGGAGGCCCUGGAGCGCCGCGACGAGGCGGCCUCCGCGGCGGCGGACCUCUCCGCCGAGGCCGCGCGCCUGCGCCGGGACGCGGACCACAAGGACAAGAUCCUCUCCGCGAUGCUGCGCAAGUCCAAGAUCGACAUGGAGGACAGGAAGAUGCUGGUGCGGGAGGUGAAGCUGUGCAAGGCCAGGCGGAAGCAGGCCGAGCUCGAGGCCGAGCGAUGGCGCAAGAUGUGGGAGUCCCGCGGCCACCGCCGGGGCUCCUCCAGGUCGUCGGCUCGGUGCGCGGCCGAGCAGCCGCAGCCGCAGCCGGCCGGGUGCUCCGACAAGCUACUGGCCGCCGACGCCGCGGCGCGCGAGACCAGCGACACCAAGAUACUGUUCGUGGACCACGUUGAGGGCGACGGCGGCAAGAAGGAGCACCGGCAGGCGACGGCCAAGGAGCUGACCACCACCAUUGAAUGCGUCGACCGCUAUGCCAGCCACGUCGACGACAAGCCCGCCGUGGAGGAGUACCAGGGCCUGCAGGAGUGGUUCCAGAUGGAGACGGAGAAGUACACGGCCAUGAUCAAGCACCGGCACGCCGCGGAGGUCGAGGCGUUCACGGAGCAGCUCCGGCUCAAGGACGAGAAGCUGGAGGCGUUCCGGUGGCGGGCGGUGAGCAUGGACGUCGAGGCGGCGCGGCUCCGGUCCCGGAUCCAGGAGCUGGAGGCGCGGCUGGCGCAGCACGAGAGGCACAGCGCCGGGGUGGACGCCCUGCUCCUGGUCAGGGAGAACGAGAACAGGGCGCUCAAGGAGCAGCUGGAGGCGCUCCCAGCGCAGGCACUCAAGGACCAAGACGCCGCCGACGGCCGCUGCAUCCCAUGUUCACCCGUGAAGAUCCACAGAACAAUGUCGGCGGAAGCCGAUCGGCUGCCAUCCGGCAGCUCGCGGUAUCAUCAAGAGACCAAGCUGGACGACGAUCACAGGGCGUUCAACGUGGUGGCAGCAGAGGCGCUUGUCGUUCCGGUCCGGGAUCUCGCGUGCGCCGCGGCGGCGACGUCGUCGACGGAGCACGACGCCCCGGCUCGGCAGUCACUCAGGUCUGAGAUCGAGGAGGAGAAGGAGGUGUACACCGACCCCGGCAAUGCGGAGACGCUGGCAAGCACGAGCAGCUCCCAAGAGGUGACAUCCGAGCUCGCGCUCGUGGUCGUGCCGCCUGACCAGAAGACGAACACGAACUCUGCUUGGAAGAUGGACAUCCACGCCCUGGCGGUGUCGUACAAGAUCAAGCGGCUGAAGCAGCAGCUGCAGGUGCUCGAGAAGCUGGCCGCGGAAAGCAGGGAGGAGGAGGCCGCGGCGGGGAAGCCGUCGGGGAGCGAAGCCAGCAGCAGCUGCUGCAGACAGCAUCCGAGGACGAGGUACCAGACCAUGAUGUCCUUCCUGAGCAAGCACGUCAAGCGUUACCAGUCCCUCGACGACAAGAUCGACGACCUUUGCGCAAGGAUGGAGGAGAGCAAGAGGAGCGUGGGGCGGCGGCACGGCGGCGGCGGGGAGCAGAGCGCGGCGCUGGGGCAGUUCCUGGAGGAGACGUUCCAGCUGCAGCGGUUCAUGGUGGCCACGGGGCAGAAGCUGCUGGAGACGCAGUCCAGGAUCGCGCCGGGCCUCGGCCGCGGCGGCGGCGGGGACGGCGUGGACAUGAGGAGGCUGAUGGACGUGGCCGGGGCGUUGCUGAGGGACGUGCAGCGGGGGUUGGAGGUGCGCAUCGCGCGGAUCAUCGGGGACCUCGAGGGCACGCUCACCUUCCACGGCAUCCUCCGCACCACGCGCUGAUCUCUGUGUUGCGUGGUUCUCUCUCUCUCUCUCUGUGUUCCGUGACUACUACUUGAUCCAUGACGCGUUAGAAGGGAGGUUUGCAGUGAACUAAUACUAAUGGCAGCAGCACGUUGGUCUUCCGGGCAAAGUGAAUUUUGUUGCAGUAAUGUUGGGGUUCAUGGCUAUUGAGAUUUGA